UUCCUGCAUUCCCUUUUUCCUCAGUGUGGGACGUCGGAGUUGCUACUGGAUAGCUAAUCCUCUUUCCCCCCCGCUUUCUUUUAGAGAAACACACCCAUGACACGGCGGAUUUAAUCUCAGGAGGCGAUCCCGGGUUCGCCAGGAGUCCGCAUCUCACUUCGGGUCACUUUCCUUUCUCCCUCCCUCCCCUUCCUCCCCCUCCACCCAUUGCUGCACUGGUUGCCAUGGAGAGCUCUUCGGUGGCAUCUGCAUCAUCUGAAGCUGGGAGCACACGCUCACAGGAGAUUGAAGAGCUGGAGCGCUUCAUCGACAGCUAUGUGCUGGAGUAUCAGGUGCAGGGGCUUCUGGGAGACAAGGCAGAUGGAGACUUGGAUUUGGACAGUAGUUGCAAGGUACCCCAGAUCACCAUGGUAACUGAAGCUGAAGACAUAACAUGGUCCGGAUCAACUUAUGUUCAGAGUUUCAAUUUACAGUCGACUUGGACAGAUGACUGCAAUGACAAGAAAGACGGUAGCUGGACGUCAUCACGAGGAAGAGGCUCAUCUAAGCCAGAUGAAUGGGAACACAGCAGUAAUGGCAGUACAGGCUCCAGGCCCAGUUCAGGGUCCAGACCUGGAUCUGGCUCCCGAUCUGGCAGCAGGGGACACAACAACCAGUACAGAGGUUCUGCCAAGAAUGGAAACAGAGAGGGUUCCUUUGACAUCCUGGGGACAGACAUAUGGGCUGCUAACACAAUGGACUCACAUGGAGGUGCAGGCUGGGAUGUGCAGCCAGAGAAGCUGGACUUCAGUCAUUUUCAUAGGAAACAUUUUAGAGGAACACCAAAGCACCUGCCACACAUUGACAGAGAGGGGGUGAUCAAGAGCAAGUUUGAGGAAGAUGACGGUAUAGACAUGAACGACAUAGAAAGGUUUCUACCCCAUCUUCGCUCAGUCUUCCCACCCCUUCCUAAUGAGGCUGAGAUCGCACACACCAAAAAGCUCUUCCGGCGCAGGAGGAGUGACCGGCGAGCAUUUGAUCAGUUCACCCGAGACCAGUUAACCGUACUUCUGCCUACUGGCCCAGGGGGAAAGCGGCAAGUCUCAGCCAGGAGACAGCAGCGGCCUCACGGUGGCGGAGGAGGGAAGAACCGGCCUCAGUCACCGCAGGAGCAGAGGGAUCAAAACCAGCAACAGUCUCCAAACCAGCAGCAGCAGAGUUUAACAGAACAGGGAGACAACAGAAACACCAGUGCCAGUCGACCGCCUCGCCAGUACCAAGGAGGACAUGGGCAGCGCCAAGGAGGGCCCCCACAUCACGGAUACAGCCAGAAUCGGCGUUGGCACCACAAUCAGAAAGGUCAGGGGCAUGGACAGACAAACUCUACAGGUGAUAAAGGAGUACCCCCAAGAACAACCAAAGACAAAGAGACUGAGAAUGUAAAACUGGGUGGUGAGCACAUCAGACCUCUUCAAGACUGCAGCAGUAUGAGUCCCAAUGAGUCACCCAAAUAUGACUCAAUGCCAAACACGACUGCCUUCCCAGAUCUGACAGCUACCAAGGAAUCUUCCAACACACUGCAAGGUGGAAAAGCAUACGAGGGCCAGUCGGAGCAGCCCAAAAUCAGCCUGCUGCAAUCAUCAAAGGAGAGGCUGAGGAGGAGACUAAAGGACAAGGAAGAAGCAUGUGUGCAGCAGUUAGGCUCCGGAUCACGGAAUAUUGACCGGCUGGUGGAGCUUCUCAACAGCAUGAGGAGCAACAGCAGCGGAGUGGAGCAGCAGCUGGCCUCCUUCAUGGAGGAGGCGCAGUGCUCGGCCCGUUCAGAGGAAACCCUGGCUCAGGUGGUCAGCACGAUCUACUCCAAGGCCGUGUCAGACAGGAGCUUUGCAGCAACGGCCGCCAAGCUCUGUGACAAGAUGGCGCUGUUCAUGGUGGAGGGGACCAAGUUUAGAUCACUGCUGCUCAACAUGCUGCAGAGGGAUUUUUCCCGUCGCGAGGAGCUCCAGCAGUCAGAUGUGGAGCGGUGGUUGGGUUUCAUCACUUUCUUGUGUGAAGUGUUUGGUACCAUGAGGAGCAGCUCUGGCGAGCCGUUCAGGGUGCUAGUGUGUCCCAUCUACACUUGCUUACGAGAGCUGCUAGAGUCAACAGAUGUUAAGGAAGAUGCAGUCCUCUGCUGCUCCAUGGAGCUGCAGAGCACAGGCCGGCUGCUGGAAGAGCAGCUCCCCGAGAUGAUGACAGAGCUCUUAGCAGCUGUCAGAGACAAGAUGCUUUGUCCAGCCGAAUCUCAGCUGACUCGCUCUCUGCUCAUGGAGGUUAUCGAGCUGCAUGCGCACCGUUGGAGCCCCCUGGAGGCUCUCACAACCCAGUACUACAACCGUACCAUCCAAAAGCUCACCACCACUGCCUAGGUGCCAGCUCCCGCAGGAGAAGAAAAGAUGUGCCCCCCCCAACACCGCGAGGAGAUGUUUUCUAGUUUUGCAUUGUAAUAAUCUCACUCUCUUGCCUAAAGAAGUAAAUGCUUUAUGUGGCUAUUGAGCUUAACGGUAAAUUCCAUUGUAAAAAAAACAAAAGGUGUCCACUGCCACAAACAAACCAUGCAUGAGCCUCCUAAAAGGUAUCCCUGAAAAGUCAGAGCAACACUACAUGUGCCAUAUUUGGCACACAUUUGAGAAAAUAGUAACUGAUACGUAGCCAGUGUGGGUGUGUUCGGCCACACGGAGCCUGGGAGCUUGGCUGGCUGCUGCUGCUGAAUAAAGGAGGGAAGAGACAAGAGAGGGGUCACGUAGAGAGGGCAGCGGUCUGUCCAUUGGGAAUAGAGUGAUCUGUGCCCAAAGAUGAAUGGAGAAUGGUGAGGGAAGGGGUGGGUGGGGGUCGGGGUGGUCUGUGUCAGUCUCUUCAUUGUGUUCAUUUGCCACACACACCCCCCACCACCACCCUUCCCUCGUCUGUCUCUCCUUUACCCCUGGGGUCUGUGUGGCUGAUAAAAGAGAGGAGGAGGAGGAGGCAGGGAGCAGACACGAUGCUGUUUGUCUGGGCCGUCUGCCCUGCCGGGCCAGGGACCAGGUCAAAGGGCCUCACUGUGGAGCUCCCCGCAGCUCCUCCCUGCCUUUGUCUCCCCAACUCCCCCUGACUACAUGCCCCCCAGCAGGAAGCCCUUUUGAGGAGAUGAGACAGUGGGCCUGCUGGGCCAGGCUGGUUUGGGGAUAAAGAUCAGGCCGGCUAGAGUAGGGUGGCAGAUGUCUGCUUGAGCCCCUGUGAGACGACACACUCCAAACACACCCCACUGGCACCCCAUCUCCCUGUUCCCUAAGCUCAGGCCUGCACAACCAAUAGAAGCAUUGGAAAUAUUGCUGGGGGGGGCAGCAUUAGGAAAUUAAAUCAGACACUGCUGUCUGAUAAUUCCUUUGUUUUUGUCUUGCAGCGGAAUGUCUCUUCUCCUGUUAAGCCGUGCAUGUCCAUGCUUUGUUAACCACAUCAUUGUCAUUAUUAUUAUUUUUAAAUCAUUUAUUGUUUUUGUUAUCAAUGUUUAAUUUUGAAGUCUUGUUUUAAUGGUAAGAUGUAUGUAUGAGAUAUUAUAGUUGUAGGCCUUAUUGCACAGGAUUGAUUUGUUUUGCACUGUUUGGAGGCAAUUUGCUUUAAAAAUUCCCCCCGAAAAAAUAGUUUGAAAGCAAGAAGUUUGAAUUUGAAUCAGUGCUUGCGGAGUAAUACUGAAUACAAGUAGCGAGAGGUAUGAGUUGAGCAUAGUGAGCGAUUUUAGGAUGUUUUAAUGGACUAGUGGCCUUGUCAAUUAUCCAUUUUUAUAAGAGCUCUCUUGUUUCGGGGCCUGCAGGGUGUGUGACAGCAGAAAGCGUGCUGAGGACUUUAUCACAUUGUUGUGUUGCUGAAGGAAGGGGGAAAAAAAUUAAAAAGCAAAAAAAAAAAAGUGAUGUGACAACUAAAAAGAAAAAAAAAAAAGCAUGGCACACAAUGAAGCAGAAGUACAAUGCUUCUUUACAGUUUCCUCCUACUCAAGCCAUUCUUUGCAGUGGACAUUUUGCAAGUGUUUAAUAUCGACUGUAUUUUGGUCUUGAUUUGUUUUUGAGAAAAAUGACAACUA